GAGAAAACAAGACAGAAAGAGUGAAUUUAUUAUUAUAAAGACACACACUGGCAGAAGUACUCAAGUGCACUUCUCACUUUUCGCAGUUUCCUAUUCUCAGCAAUGCUUGCAAAAGCAUAAACCAGUUCGCAGCGGAAAAGAAAAACUCAAGGGAUCCAGAAGCAUCAUAUUCGCCAUUCGGCAUUGUAAUCUAAACUCUAAACUUCAUAUCCAUGGCUGUACAGGUGAACCGGAAAAGUUCAAGAGCAGCAGCAAAAGCAACAUGGCUUCUAUUGUGCAGCUUGUUCAUGAUCUGUAACGUCACUUUAGCUGAGAGAAUUAUCAAAGACAAGAAAUCUGACAAUCUUGUCGUUGAGAGAGAUGAGGGACGUGGAGUUCUAGCUAGAGUGAUUGAAUUCAUGUGGCAGAAUGAUAAGUCUUCCUAUGAACCAGUUUGGCCUGAGAUGAAGUUUGGUUGGAAAAUUGUAGUAGGAUCAAUCAUUGGGUUUUUCGGAGCAGCUUUAGGCAGCGUUGGAGGUGUAGGAGGCGGAGGCAUUUUCGUCCCUAUGCUCACUUUGAUCGUUGGUUUUGAUCCUAAGUCUUCCACGGCAAUUUCCAAGUGUAUGAUCAUGGGCGCUGCUGGGUCGACUGUUUACUAUAAUCUGAGGCUCAGACACCCAACAUUGGAGAUGCCACUUAUAGAUUAUGACUUGGCCUUGCUCUUCCAACCUAUGUUAAUGCUUGGAAUCAGCAUUGGGGUCGCAUUUAAUGUCAUGUUUGCUGACUGGAUGGUCACAGUUUUGCUUAUUAUCCUGUUCUUAGGUACAUCAUCAAAAGCUUUAUUUAAAGGCAUAGAUACAUGGAAAAAGGAAUCAAUGAUGAAAAGGGAAGCGGCCAAGAUGAUUGAGUCAGAGUCUAAACCAGGUGAGGAAUAUAAAUCACUACCAGCUGGCCCCGCUGACGCCCAAGAUGAAGAGGUCCCUUUAAUUAAAAACAUACAUUGGAAAGAAGUUGCACUUCUUAUGUACGUUUGGGUAGGCUUUCUCGUUGUUCAGAUUGUCAAGACAUACACUGAAAAUUGUUCCGUUGCGUACUGGAUUCUUAAUUCAUUGCAGGUGCCUAUUGCUGUAUCUGUGACGCUUUUUGAGGCCAUAUGCCUUUACAAAGGAAAAAGAGUGAUCGCUUCGAAGGGAAAAGAAAUCACGGUUUGGAAGUUUCAUCAGAUCUGUCUCUACUGUUCUUGUGGAAUUAUAGCUGGCAUGGUUGGCGGAUUGCUUGGUCUUGGAGGUGGUUUUAUUUUAGGACCACUCUUUCUGGAAAUGGGAAUUCCUCCUCAGGUAGCAAGUGCAACAUCAACCUUUUCUAUGGCUUUCUCAUCCUCCAUGUCAGUGGUGCAGUAUUACCUUCUGGAUCGCUUCCCAGUACCCUACGCUUCAUAUUUUGUUCUGGUGGCGACCAUUGCUGCAUUCACCGGACAGCAUGUGGUGAGAAGGAUCAUUGCAAUCCUGGGCAGAGCUUCCAUAAUCAUCUUCAUACUUGCACUCACUAUUUUUGUCAGCGCAAUAAGUUUAGGUGGGGUGGGAAUAGAGAACAUGGUUGAGAAGAUGGAAAACAAAGAGUAUAUGGGGUUUGAGAAUCUCUGUCAUCAUACUUAGGCGUCUCGUGCUUUUUUCUCUGAAUGACAAUCUUUCCAGACAUGGUGGUAACACGGUCGUCUAUUUGUCCGUCUUCUUCUUCAAGCAAACAAAAGGCUUUGCAAUAUUUAUGUAAUUUGCUUUUGUUUUGUUUCCAUUCCUUUUGUAGAAUCUUUUUGAGCUUUGUUCAUUAAAUGUCAAAUAAAAAGAUAAAUAAAUGGUUAUUUUAGACCUGGUAAUGAA